GUCAAGAUAGCCGCGUCCCGUUCUGCUGCCGUGCCGGGUGACCACGCCAUGCUGUCCCUACCACUGGAGUCAGCUGCCCGCCUGCUCUCCCUGCUGCUCUCCCUGCUGCUCCACCUGCUGCUGCGACCUGAGUCGCUGCUGCUUCUGGCAUCCGUGGCCACGGUGUGGGCGGCCGCCAGGCACGGCCCGAGGCUGCGCUCCCUUCCAACCUCCGCCUGCCGCUCCCUCCGCCGCUUCGCCUCCUCCCGCGGCCCCUCCCCCCCGUCCCCCCCCGCCGAGCCGCCCCCCCCCACCGGGGGGGGGCCCCCGUGCCCCCCCCCAGCGGCGGUGCCGUGGGGGGGGGCCGGCGCCGCUCCCCGCCCCCCCCGCGUCACGUGGCAGUACCGCUCCCGCGGGGUCGCGGUGUUCGCGCUGCAGGGACGCCGGGAACACAUGGAGGACCGCUUCACCGUGGCUCACGGCGGCGGCAGUGACGGCGCUGCCGGUGACGCCGGUGCUGGUGACGCUGCCCCCCGUUGCGGCCGCCGUCACCGGCACGCUCUCUACGGGGUGUUCGACGGGCACGGCGGGGAGGCGGCGGCGGAGUACGUGAAGCGGCGGCUGCCGGACUACUUGCGGCGGCGCCUGGCGGAGGGAGACGGAGCGGACGUGGAGGCGGCGCUGCGUGACGCCGUGCGGCGCACCGAGCUGGAGCUCAUGGAGACGCUGGGGCCCGCGGGCAACGAAGCCGGCACCACGUGCGUGCUGGCGGUGGAGUCGGCGGGGCGACUCUACGUGGCCAACGUGGGCGACUCUCGCGCCGUGCUGUGCGACGCCCAGGGCUGCGCCGUCGCGCUCUCCCACGACCACAAGCCGCACCAGCUCAAGGAGCGCCAGCGCAUCAAGCGCGCCGGCGGCUUCAUCAGCUACAACGGCUCGUGGCGCGUGCAGGGCGUCCUCGCCAUGUCUCGCUCGCUCGGCGACUUCCCGCUCAAGCGCAUGGGCGUCGUGACGGCGGAGCCCGACGUCACGGCCGUGGACCUGCGCGCCGCGAGGCCUCGCUUCCUGCUCAUGGCCAGCGACGGGCUGUGGGACGCCUUCGGCAGUCAGGAGGCCGUCGCAUUCGUGGGCGAGCGACUCGGGGAGCCGCACCUCGGGGCCAAGAGCGUGGCGCUGCAGGCGUUCUACCGCGGCUGUCCCGACAACAUCACCGUGGUGGUGGUGCGCUACCGGACGCCGCGGGCUGGUGCCGCAGCCGGUGCAGCCGGUGGUGGUGCAGCCGGUGCCGCCACCCCAAGACGGGCGGCCAGGACCGCCUGCUGAUUGGAGGGCGGCGGUGGACAGUGGUGGACAGUGGUGGACAGUGAUGUAGUCUGGGAUAUUCUGCGCCCGGGGACGUUUAAUCACGUGCCAAAAUGUACCAUUGGAACCUCAUUUGCCAGUAAAAAGUAUAAUUGGUUUUUUACCCUUCUAUCUGGCAACAAAACUGACACCUUUUUUACAAGGAGUCAUGUUGCAUAGACCACAAUACCUGCAGUCACAAUGCAAACAAAACACACAACUCUGAUAAUAUAGUUGCCAGAUAGAAGGGUAAAAAAACAAUUAUCAUAUUUUGCUACUGGCAAAGGAGGUUCCAAUGGUGUAAAUGCUUUACCCCGAGCUCUCAUACUCUGAUGGUGCAUUGUCUUUGAGUUGUGCGCCUUUUGGCGUCAUCUGGUCCAACACCAUGUGAGACUAGGCUCUAAGGAAAGCUGUCUCAGGUGUGGACCAAUAAACUUCAAGGACAGUGCACAUACAUUAUCAGAGUUUUGUUUGCAUUGUGACUGCAGGUAUUGUGGUCAAUGCAAACAUGACUCCUCGUAAAAAAGGUGUCAGUUUUGUUGCCAGAUAGAAGGGUACAAAAACAAUUAUCAUACCAAGAUGUAAUCACGUGACAUGCAGGCUGUGUGUGGCAGGAUAUAUAAACUUGUAGGUUGAAGCGUAGAUUUGUGCAGUCGUUUCAGGCUGCCGCGCCCACCGAAGUAAGUUCUAAUGUAACGCUGCAAGCCUCGAGUUUCGAUUUAAAGCUUUCGUGACUGCAGGGAUUCAUCUUCUUGGUUCUUUCGGUAAAGUCAUCACGUAGAAGGGAAAUAAUAAAAUAAAACACAAUAAAAGAAAGUAAUAUAUAUUAUAAUAUAAGAUGCAAGCUCUUAAAUAUUUGAGUUUUAUUAAUUAAGCUUUCGUGACUGCAAGGAUUCAUACUGAGUUUUUUCGGUAAAAGUCACGUGGGUAAAAAAAAAUGAAAUUAAAAUUAAUAAAAAUCUAAUAUUUAAGAGCUUGCAUCUUGGAAUCCCUGCCUCACUUGAUGCAGCAAAUCUGGCCGUGACGGUUCCCACCUGAUGCCUCCGAAACGUCGUGAUUUUUAUUAUUUUAUUAAUUUUAAUUUCAUUUUUUUUAACCUACGUGACUUUACCGGAAAAACGAAGAGUAUGAAUCCUCGCAGUCACGAAAGCUUCAAAUCUAGAACUUAGAGGUGCGAGUUCAUUCCCCGAGCCGCCUAUAACUGUAACCCGCGGUGACGUUCACCAUCCCCUCCCGUGUCGAUCUCGUAAUCCGCUGGAGGCCCUACAACUCCCGGUUAAAAUCCUACAAAUCCAGCGAACGCCGACUCCCUUAGCCCCUCCCGGCAUCGAUUCUCGGAGUGUGGAUUCGGUCACGUGGCUCCGGGUUGAACCCGGAAAGGAUUUCGUCGGAAGCCGCGAUCUUGCGGGAUUGGUCCUACUAACACUGGGGUUGACCCCAUAGGACCUGGGUUGGAUUCCGAGCGAGGGGUGGACACGACCGCUACGAACUGUUGUGGCCAUUUAUUCAUAAUAAUGUUAACUUAUUAAUAGCAAGUGAUGAUGAUGUUGACGAUGUUGACGAUGUUGACUAAGUGUUCGUUACGAUGCGGCCGGCGACUCAGAAUCUAAUAUAUACACCCGGCACACCGUGUAUGAUUAUAAUAAGCAGAGGUCGCAACCGGGUACCCGAUACCCGGCUACCCGUACCCGGCCGGGUACGGGUACGGGUAGGCCAUGAGUCACUGGUGAGUAACUGUUUGUCACUCAUUUCCCAACGUCUUGUCUCUUCUCACAAUUCAAGUUCCUAGAAUCAACCCACCCGCAACUGCAACAUGGCUUCAUCCCAGAGGUCGCAAUCGGGUACCCGAUAUCCGUACGGCCGGGUACGGGUACCCGUUUGCGACCCUGGUGCGGCCGGGUACGGGUAAGGAAUCAAAACCCGUUUGCGACCUCUGCCCCCACGUGUGUAGAGGCGACACGGGGGAUCUGCGUGCGUCUCUCUCUCUCGUGUGUGAGAGAGAUCAACGUCUUUGUCGUGAGUUGCUGCGAGUACUAGACGAUCGAAUAAAACAAUUUUAAACUGCGGCACGCACGCAGCUUGUCAAUCUUUCGAUUUAAAGCUUUCGUGACUGCAGGGAUUCAUCUUCUUGGUUCUUUCGGUAAAGUCACGUGG